GCAUAAGCUCGCUCCCCUCUUGCAGUUGCAGCAGGUUCCAUCCAGCUCUGCCUCUCUGUCAAAGACUCGCCGCCCUCAACCAACCUCUCUCUUUCUCAGAGUCAAUCAGCUAGCUAGCUGUGAUUGAUGAUAUACUCCCUCCCCAUGCUCCUCCUCUCGCUCCUGUGAUGAAGCCAAUGGCCACCAAUGGCAUGGCCCCCUCCUUCUUCCCCGCCAACUUCCUCCUCCAAAUGCAGCAGCCCCUCCACCACCAGCAGCAGCAGGAGCACCACCACCACCACCACCAACACCACCAUGACGACCACCAUCUCCUGGCUCCCCCUCCCCCGGCGCUCGUCAGCCCCUUCCUCCACGACUUCGGCGGCGCCAUGGCCGCGCCGCCGCCAAUGCUGGCCGGCGGCCUCGGCAUGGGCGGCGACGACAGCCACCUGCACGCGGCGGAGCCCCAGCAGCAGCAGGACGGCGGAGGCGUCGCGUCGGACGACGAGGAGGUGUCCGCCGCGGCGGGCGGCGGGUGCGGCGGCGAGCGGAAGCGGCGGCUGAGCGUGGAGCAGGUGCGCACCCUGGAGCGCAGCUUCGAGGUGGCCAACAAGCUGGAGCCCGAGCGCAAGGCGCAGCUGGCCCGCGCGCUGGGGCUGCAGCCCCGCCAGGUGGCCAUCUGGUUCCAGAACCGCCGCGCCAGGUGGAAGACCAAGCAGCUGGAGAAGGACUACGACGCGCUGCGCCGGCAGCUCGACGCCGCACGCGCCGAGAACGACACACUCCUGUCCCACAACAAGAAGCUGCAGGCAGAGAUCAUGGCGCUCAAGGGAGGCGGAGGCGGCGGCGGCGGCGGAGGGAGGCAUCAGGAGGCGGCGUCGGAGCUCAUCAACCUCAACGUCAAAGAGACGGAGGCGUCCUGCAGCAACCGCAGCGAGAACAGCUCCGAGAUCAACCUCGACAUCUCCAGGCCUCCACAGGCGCCGCCGCCGGCCGCCGACGACAGCCCCACCAUGAACAGCUACCGCGGCAGCCUACCGUUCUACGCCUCCGCCACCGCCCGCGCCGACAUCGACCAGCUCCUGCACAGCGGCGGCGGCCACCCGUCUCCGGCGCCCAAGAUGGAGCUCGGCCACGGCACUGCCGCCGACACGCCCCCCGCCACGGCGGCGCCGGGUGGCGGAGGAGGCACCUUUGGCAGCCUGCUGUGCGGCGCCGCCGUCGACGAGCAGCCGCCGUUCUGGCCGUGGGCCGACGGCCACCACACCUUCCAGUGAACAAACGAACCCAUUCAAUUCAAGCUAGCUAUGUAUGCGCCUUUGCGAAUGAAUGAUCUUGGGCGACAGUACAGGCUUUGAUAUAUGAUCCAACAGCACGUCGACCGACCUGGCUCUUCUUCGUUUCUUGGCAUCAUCCCAUCAAUCUAGCUUACGCGGUGCGCCGGACCACCGGAGGAGAUCGCCGACGCCGACCGAUCGACGUAUGUGGCCAUCAUCAAUGCGUUGUUGAAACAAGCAAAUUGAUCAAAGAAGCAGCUAGGACAUUUGAGGUGAUGAGAUGAUCCAAUUUGAGUUCAAGAUCAGGACAGGUGUGGACGAUGGAUGGAUCAUGUUUAUGUCAGUCGUCUACUAGGUAGAUUUUGGAGUUGAGUAGUAAGUUUUUUUUUCUCUCCUUUUUUUUCUAUUAUUAUUAUUAUUAUUAUUAUUUAUUUUCCCCUCCCUCUUUGCUGCUAUUUUUCUGUUUUGAUUAAAUAUUAUAUAGUGAUUACAAUUGUGAGAGGCAGUGGUGAUAUUAUUGUUGCAUUGUGUAUAGGAUUAUAUAUGGUGUCUUGUGAUCGAGUACCAAGUUAUUUCUUCAUUCGCACUUGGAUCUUGCAAAUAUAAUCCUUCUUUCUGAUCUUUAUGCAUUA